GUAAUUGUAAAGAUCUUUAAUAGUAUAAAUGAACGCACUUAUUUUCCUUGGAUUAAUCACCCUGAUCAUCUAUGGCAUCCUUGUUGAUGCUACUUUCUUCAAGAUUUACAUCCCACUUGUAAUUGUGUAUUGGGUGGUAAGCACUGUACUGUUUGGCAGAAGGGAUUCGGUUGGAAAAAGGAGAAAAAUCACUAUAGCGUCCUGGGCUGACCCUCAAGACCCCUCUAGCUACAUGCCUGUUGAGUAUGAUGUAACUGACUUAGUCGAGUACAUCAAUAAAGAGAAUAAAAAGGAAGGUAGCAAGGCUAAACUUACCAUGACUUACGCAGUAACCAAAGCAAUGGGCAUCGGAUUCAGCCUAGCCGCUGAUAAUAUUGGAAGAAUAGCUAUGGGUCAUUUUAGAAGCAUGAAGCAGAUUGAUAUAGCUCUCCUAGCAGAUGUCAAAGGUGGAAAGGACCUUGUUCCUGUCACUAUAAAGACUCCUCACCAGAAAAGCCUUGAAGAUAUUGCACUUAUAGUCAAAGAGAAGGCCUCAAGGGCUAAAAGUGGGAAGGAUGACACUCACAAUAAGAACUUCGCAUUAGCAGAUUUUGUACCAAGCUUUAUACUCGGACCUAUAAUUUCAGUAGGGUCUUAUCUAGCUUUGAAUUUAGGAUGGGAUGUACCCAUUGUAGGAGCCAAAGGCGACCAAUAUCCUCCUAUUAUUAUCACUAAUAUUGGCUCCUUUGGCUUAGAGAAAGGAUUCGCGCCUCUUCCUCCAAUGGCAACAGCAAUUUGUUCAUGCAUGGGUGCUGUGAAGGACAAACCAUGGGUAGUUAAUGGUGAAAUCGAGGUUAGAAAAAUUAUGACUAUUGUUCACACAAUGGAUCAUAGAGCUGGAGAUGCUGCUCUGGUGGUAAAGCCUUUUAAAGUUAUCCAAAAGUUACUCGAAGACCCGUCCUUGUUAGAAUCAGUGAAAUAUGAUGGGGAUAAGAUCCUUAACCCAGAAAUACUAGAUUUAAAGAAAAAUAAGUAAAUCGUGACGUCAAUUCUGUACAAUCA